AUGAGUCGUACACGUACAGCGCGAUUAAAACCAUUUGGUCAAUUUGAGUCUUUGUCGGCGUCUGUACCAUGGGCUAUUUUCCCUCGCAAGAAAUUGGACGUGACGUAUAGUGACAUUCGUGCAGGUUUAAUUGCAUGUUUACAAUUAAAUGAACACCAGCGUGAAGAGUACGAAGAAAAGGUUACAAAAGAAUGGGAUCCAAGUGGUCAUACGAUGGUUACACUCUCCAUUCGGUUCACACUAAAAUUUCCACGAGGAAGUGAAGUAAUAUGUAGUUCCAUUACGAUUCCGGAUAUGGUAUACAUCUUACGGUACCAUGGACUGGUACCAAUUCCAGUCGAUUUAUCUCCUGCAACAUUAGCAAUUGAUGGCAAAGAGUUGGAAAAAGCCAUAACAAAGAAAACCAAAAUGAUACUUAUCGCUCAUAUCUUUGGAUCACGUGAUCCACUGGAUGAAAUCCUUCAAAUUGCUCAACAAAGACAUUUACUUGUUGUAGAAGAUGGUGCUCAAGCUUUUAUGGGAAAAGAAUAUACAGGUGAAAAACGUGCAGAUGUGUCAAUGUUUAGUUUUGGUACAAUCAAAACAGCAACAUCGUUUGGUGGUGCUUUGAUUUAUGUCAAGAAUAUCACUGUGUUGGAUGAAAUGCGUCGUCGAGAAAGGAGAUAUCCAUGUCAUACGAAUGGGUUUUUUUUUAAGAGAUUGAUCAAGUACAGUGUACUUCAUGGUCUUUCAACUCCUGCACUUUAUGGAUUGUUCCUUCAUGCUUGUCGAGUUAUUGGAGCCGAUCAUGAUCAAGUGAUAACAUCGGCAAUUCGUGGAUUUAGUGGUGGAGAAUUAGUAUCAUUGAUUCAAUAUCGUCCAUCUAUGCCGCUUCUUGGACUUUUAUAUCGUCGACUUACGUAUUUGGAUGAGCAAUACAUUCUUUUGCGAAAAGCGAAAAGCGAAGAAUUGGCAAAUGCGAUUCGAGAUCUUCCAAACGUAUCAAUUCCUGGAUAUAGCGCAGAGAAGCAUUAUUACUGGUUAUUUCCUGUUUGUGUGCCAUGUCCAAAGAAUAUUGUCAUCUAUAUGAACAAACACGGAUUUGAUGUUACUUCUGGGGCUACACAGCUCACAUACGUUCCAAGUCCACUUGGACAAGAUCAUGAUCCUGUGCACGCUAAAAACAUUAUGACAAGUUUGGUGUAUCUUCCUAUCACCCCGGAAACUCCAGAUUGGGCCAUUCACAAGAUGAUCAACUGCUUUCGAGACGCACUAAACUUGUCGAGUAGACUUUAA